GAUUUUGAAUCCCUGUACUAUCAAUCACUUGUCACCUUAUGUGUCUAUCAUCUGUUCUACAGCCUCUGGCUGGCUAUAUCCUCACCUGCCUAAUAACAGGAAGUUCACCAUUAGUGGAUAUUGCCUCAGCCUCACCGCAGAGUGUCAUCGCAUUUGAAGCACGGGAUAGCUAUAAAACAGCAUACUUUUCUCUCUGCCCCAUGGCAAUGUGUGUAGAAUCAUAGGAAGUUAGCAGUUUUCUCCCGAAAAACACUCCUACCGUGCAGGAGCCCCCGUGAAACGGCGGUAUGCCACUGGUGUAGCUACGUAUGUUACUGCUUUUUUGGGGGGAUGAAUGAACUAGCCUUGCAAAUAUUAUUUGGGGAGAGAACUCAAGUAGGCUAGUCAUUUUAAACAUGAGCAGAUCGAGGACCUCUAUGUCUUUGGUUUGCAUAUGCACCACCACCACCUGAGAAUGUGGCCUCCUAUCCCAUUGUUUUAAUGUUGUAUUUAUUUAUUUAUUUAUUUUAUUUCACCUUUAUUUUUAACCAGGUAGGCCAGUUGAGAACAAGUUCUCAUUUACAACUACAACCAUGUAUCCAGCCAGCCACUAAACAGGAUGACUGAUAAAGCAGUGUCCAGAGUGGACUAAGUGACAGAACAAAUAUGUGGCUGAAAUGUAUGUAGAAUGAAUGGGCACAGCUUUGCCCUGGGUAAUGUCUGGCUAUUGGGUAGCACUAGGACCUGUGUUUCUGUAGGAGUGCUGAUAGAGGUUCAGCUUAGCCCUUUAGAUCGUCGUUCAUUUGAUUAUUAUGGACAGAGACCACCUGAUGCUAGAUCAGCACUCCUACUCUGAGGCACUUGGUACAUGGCGAGCCAUGUAACUCUACCUUGAAACGACUUCAGUAGAGUUGAGAGAGAUUUGAUUAUCUCUGGGUGCCCUCUACUGGCAUUGAUUUAAGUCAGAUGUUAUGUGUAUAUAUAUAUAUAUCUUUUUUUUUAAAACAUGUUUUCAGUCAGAUGUAACCUGCGCCAUUGGAAGGUAGUAUCCAUGAGUGAUGGCUCGGCGUCAUCGGCGUUGGCUGUCUUGUGUCAUGGGUAGACAUGUUAUGCGUUGGAGAGGUUUUUGCUGGUUGGUUAGCAGUGUAAAAUGAAGACUCUGUGGCUGUGACGGUGAUGACGGCGAUGCUCAAAUUCGUCGUCAUAGGAAGGAUUUAUUUUCGUCCGCUCCUAAGUGAGCGUUCACACUUACAAGUCAGCCAAAGCCUUUUGCAAUGACCAAUGAGAGCCAAAACGCAUUACAGGAUUUUGUAGUGAGCCUCAAUAAAGGGAAAGUGUAUUUUUAUUGGAAAACAUCAUAUCUCUCCAGUGGUUUAGUCCUCUAAUCACUUUAACUCAUUUCCAUUUAAAAAAAAAGUUUGUUUGGUGUUUCCCGUGCCUCGUAGACCACAUGACAGUGAUGACACAAUGUCAAUGCACAGGCAAGUGUACAGCAAGGGUAUAAGUUGAAACAACAGAGUCAAACUGUGUAACCCAGUAUCUGCCAUAUACUGCAUGUACUUCCUCUGUAAUUCUAUUUGCACACACAUUACUUCCUUAGAAUGCAUGUAACCGCUCUGACCUCCCCUGCACCUCUUCGAGUGCUGUCGUUAGGACCCAAGAUCUGUUCUAGUAAUAUUUCAAAUAUUUUACCCUGAACCUUGACUUCCCAGGUUGAUAGCAUAUCCAACCAGUAUUCAGUGGUCCAACCAGUAUUCAGUGGACAGGCAUGAUGAAGUCCAGGUUGUUUUACAUCAUGGUUCUGCUCACAGGACGUCUCGCUAUGAACGAAGGAAACAAAUAUUCGUGCUCCAACUACACUCAAGUCGAUGUGGAUGGUGUAAGAUGCUGGAUGGAAGUUGUCAAUGAGCAGUUUAAGACGGAGAACCUCAGCACUAUUAUUAAAUCUGUGGAGAAACUAGAAAGGGUUCUUGAAAACACAGCUUUGAAUGAGACAACUUCAAUCAUUGUUGAGAGGCUUGUGGCUCACAUAUUCAGGGCCGAGGGCCACUUUACAGGGCUUAAUAUAUCUGCCAGCCAAGAACGGGUAACAUCAGACGGUGACCGUGUGGCCAACACUACCGUCAAGGUCCACCUGCCCAAAGAGCUCUUGAAAACCAACGAGAACAAUACCAUUAUCUUCUGCAUGAUUACCUCACCAGAAAAAUAUGGGCAAUUGGGGAUUCUUGAUGGCCGAAUAGUAGGUCUGGCUGUGAGCAAGAAGAGAGUGUUAGGUCUGCAUGACAAGGUCAAUAUCUCCAUGCCUCUACAGCGCCCCACGCUGGAAAGUCAGGCUGACAAACAACCAUCGUGUCAAUUCUUUAAUUUUUCAACCAAUAAGUUCUACCAGGAUGGCUGCACCACCGAGUGGAAGAGAGACGAGGGCCGUGUGGUCUGCUCAUGUGACCACCUCACAUACUUUGCUGUGCUGAUGGUGUCUCCCUCCAUCUCUGAAAGCGAUCGGGAGAUCCUAAGCUACAUCACUCUGAUUGGCUGCAGUCUGUCUCUGUUCUUCCUGGUGGUCACAAUCGUUCUGUACGCCACUCAAAGAGGUGCAGGCACAGACAUCUCCCUGAAGGUGCAUAUCAACCUGUCUGUGGCCCUGAUCCUCCUCAACCUGCACUUCCUGCCCAGCCAGCAGGCAGCAGCAUUAUCCUCCUCUGGGCCAUGUAUCUAUGUUGCUGUCCUUCUGCAUUACUCUCUACUGGCCACCUUCACAUGGACAGCAAUCGAAGGCUUCCACCUUUACCUGUUGCUGGUCCGUGUCUUCAACAUCUAUGUCAGGAGAUACCUGCUCAAACUGAGCCUGGUAGGAUGGGGAUUCCCUGCGGUCAUUGUCAUCGUGAUUGCUAUCAUUGACAAAGACACAUACAGCCGUGUGACUCUUCAUCCUUCUAAGACCAAUGGUACAGCUGUGGAGAUGUGUUACCUCUCUAAUGAUGUGAUGAAGCUGGUGACCACGGUGGGUCUGUUUGCCCUGGUGUUUGUGUUUAACCUCGGUAUGCUGGCUGUGACUAUGAGGCGCCUCAAGUCUCUGCGCACUGAACAGACGUCAAGGGAGAAGGGUAGGGCCAGGAGGGACACCUGCACUGUGCUGGGCAUCACCUGUCUGCUGGGCAUCACCUGGGGCAUCAUCUUCUUCUCCUUCGGCCAGCUUACCACGCCUGGCCUCUACCUUUUCUGUGUCCUCAACUCUCUACAAGGUUUUUUCAUCUUCCUCUGGUUUUGUGUGUUCAAAUGGAAGACUGAGGACAGCCAACCUGGCAGUGACACUCACUAUACCAAUUCCAGAUCUGCCUGAGGACAAAGUCUGUUGUCAACCAAUCCAGCACUGUUGUUAUCAAUGUUCAUUUCAAACUUGAUUGCGAUUUUUUUCUUUUGAGAAUACGAGCCCUAAACUGUAGACCUUCGAAAAUGUCUACAAACCACCCACAUGUUUUGUACCAGUACAAUAUUGUUAUUUUUUUAUUUUUGCGAUUGUUUAGUUAUGGAAUGAAGGAAGGUGUUUUCAGAAUUCCUUUCGUAUGUGGUUUGUUCAAUUCUAAAUCAUGUGAGCCAACAGGAUCUGAUGUAAUGUGCUGAGAUCCUAUCCCUCACUAGUUGAUUAACCUGCAACAGAAGAUGAAUAAGUUUGAUCUAAGCAAAACUGUAGCCUAUUCAUUGAUACACCGCUCGAGCAAGCUGAAGUCCAGACUAGAUUUGCAUAAAACAAACGCAAUGCCGCCAUUUUCCUCCAAAGUUUACAUAAAGAUAUUAAAAUGUUGCAGUUAUAAAAUUUGACUAUGAACAGUCAUGAAAUAAAACAGCUCCAAACAUUAGAAUAGACGUUUGUUCAAGGCACAGUUGGAAAUACAAAUGGGAUGGGAGUUUACUCUGUCCAAUGAUGUGUUUAUCUCUACAAAGCACACAGUGGUUUCACAGAUCAUUUGCUCACCCCACAAGGACAUCAAAUGUGAGUGAAAUCAACUCCUAGCGUGUAAGUAAGUGUACGUGUUUGUGUGUAACGGAAUAUGAAUCCAUCCUAUUUUGUCAUUGUCAAGUUCAGCUAUUGUGUUGAUAAUGUUGUGUCAUUGUCUUACCUGAGUGACGGCAGAACGAUAUGUCUGGGAAUAAGCAGAGAUCACCGUGUUGAUUAUCAGAACGCAUGGCUAGGUUUUGUAGGUAUACCUUGUGGUAUUAAGUAGUGUUAGCCUCGGUGUCAAGCUGAAAUGAAAUUCUCGGGCUGCAUUGUGUACUUUACUGAGUGUGAUGUUGAAUGAGUGGCAAGGGCUAUGGCAGUAUGUUGAAAACAAGGAUUACUUUGUAAUGUAUGUUUUUGGUCAUUCAUGUUUUCUACUGUUCUACCCUUAAAACAGCCACAAUGUU